AUGUGGGACCGAGAAAGAAAAACUUGGGCCAUCCUCUUCCUAGGCAAUGUGCUUUUGAAUACCGUGAUCGCAUCCCCGAUCUAUGUCCCACAAUUUAUUCCAGGAAGUACGGGAAGAAACAUCAGGCACUUGCCCUGCGUGUCUCGAAGAACCGGCGAGACCGGAGUUUGUAUGUUCGCGUUCACGUGUGCAAAGGCAAAUGGCACGCAUCUCGGCACCUGCAUCGAUCGCUUCUACUUUGGUAGUUGCUGCAAGAUAGACGAAGAACCUGACAUUUUUCCACAAGACAAUAGCAUCGACGAUGGGCCGCCAGCAAGGCCGUUCGUCACGACUCAUGGGCCUAUCGAGAGUAACGACAUACCCGAGUACUUCUCAAGGCCGAAGCCAAUCAACGAGAAAAAACCAUCUGAAACGUACUCCACCGAGGAAACGACCAGUUCGUACACUACUCAGAGUAUUCGCACGCAAGCAACCACCAUAAAAGAAACGACAAAACUCGUAACGAAGAAGCCAGUACCGACGACCAUCGAAACAACCACGCAACCGGUUCGAUUAUCGACCUUUCAAACCGUGCAGAACUCAUCCAAGGAGGAUUCGACAACAAAAAAUCCGCCAGGAAUCACGACCGGUGCUGUACAAACGUCGCAAAAACCGUCCAGCACGAUAAUGGAAAUCACGAGCACCGCGAAUAAAUCUUCCACGUCGAGCUUAUCGGUCGCUAAUAGGCCAACAACAUUGGAAAUUGUGACAAGACCGUCAUACACCACGCAAUCGGUCCCUCAAACGACUAAACCGAUUACCAAAAAGCCGAUUCAUUCGUCCACGACUCACAAACCAACGCAUUAUUCCUCGACGCAUAAACCGAUCCACUCGACGGUUCAUAGGCCUACGGAUAUAACAACCACGCCCAAACCUCUGCAAUUCACUACCGAUCGAACAAGCGAGACAACAACGUCGAAAACUGUAAUUACAACUACCCAGAGGGUUACUCCGAUCACAAGAUUUCCACCAAGAAAUGCAACAACUGCGAGACCCGUAGCUCACGCGACUACCACCACUAGGAAGCCUAUUACGAGUACCAAGAAACCAGUAACGAGUACCAGUACAAGAAGACCGACGAUUACCACGAAGAAACCGAGUACGCCCGCAAAGAGGCCUACCACUGCCUCGAAACCGUCUGUAACCUCCAGUUUUGGCACUUCGCCGUCGACGACGACAACGAAACCCAUUCUGACAUCUGUCAAACAUCAGCCAACCAUCGCGACCUCUACCGAGAGCAUUCCUCUCUCGACAGAGGCAAAACCUGCCUCGAUCUCCAGCACGGAAGCAGUGGUUGCUCAAAAAUUCACAACCAUCGCCACGACGAAACCCAGCCAGAAAAUUAAACCUACGACGAUUCGAACCACCUCGAAACCACCGACCACUGUGCCGAGGCCAAAACCACCGAAGAUCAACGCGACAACCUCUAAUCUGGUACUCAAGCCAGAAUAUACAACGACCACCGAAAAAACGGGACUUUUGACGUCGAUCAAUGUUUCUACCGUUGUUGUUACGAAACCUAGGCCAACGGUAGAGUCGACGAGUCCUACGAAGCCAUUGAGCAAGCCUACCGGAAAGCCUUCUUCGACGACACUCGCGACUAUACUCAGUUCCACCGUAACGGAUACCAGUUUUGUGACUUUAUCCUCUACCGAUACACCUACCGCUACCUUGGCGUAUGUUCCCUCGACGAAGGUACCGGUGAUCAACCAAACCCUCGAAGAUAUCUCUCACACGACUUACUCGCCUGGACUCGUCACGUGGACAUCGAGUUCCGAUGAUACGACUACGAAGACUCCGGAAAUAUCGUCGACGACAAUCACGCAGCUCGAUCAAACGGAAAGCGAAUGGACUCCCAUAACCACUCCGGAUGGCUGGAUCAUGAUCCAGUCGCCUACCACCAAAAAACCGCAGAUAGUGGAGGAGACAACUGAUAAACCUAAUACCGAGUCCACGUUGCAAUCAACCACUUCCGUUAAGCCAACAACGGAAACCAGUACGGAGCAUGUGACAAAGAAACCGACUAUUUUGACAACUUUAUCGUCGAUCGCCAGUGUAACGAUAGACACCGAACUUCCGGUACCAAUGGAAACGCUUAACAUGUCGGAUUACAAGCAAGUGUGCGGAAGAAGAUUGUUUCCGGAAUCGCGGAUCGUCGGUGGUAAUCGCAGUUCGUUUGGAAAAUGGCCUUGGCAGAUCUCGUUACGACAAUGGCGAACAUCAACGUAUCUACACAAAUGCGGCGCAGCUUUGCUGAACGAGAAUUGGGCCAUAACGGCGGCACAUUGCGUCGAAAACGUGCCACCUAGCGACCUGUUGCUAAGGAUUGGCGAACAUGACCUUGCAAACGAGGACGAGCCUUAUGGUUAUCAAGAAAGAAGAGUUCAAAUUGUUGCUAGUCAUCCACAAUUCGAUCCUCGAACCUUCGAAUACGAUCUUGCAUUGCUGAGAUUCUACGAACCUCUGUUGCCAUUUCAACCGAACGUUUUACCCAUUUGCUUGCCGGAUGACGAUGAAAGUUACGUUGGUCGUACUGCUUUUGUCACUGGCUGGGGUCGACUUUACGACGAGGGUCCGUUGCCGUCUACUCUUCAAGAAGUGGCUGUACCAGUGAUCAAUAACACGAUGUGCGAAGCUAUGUACAGAAAUGCCGGAUACAUCGAACAUAUUCCGCACAUUUUCAUUUGUGCCGGUUGGAGAAACGGAGGAUUCGAUUCGUGCGAGGGUGACAGUGGAGGACCAAUGGUGAUUCAAAGAGCACGAGAUAAACGAUGGAUUCUAGCUGGAGUGAUCAGUUGGGGAAUUGGCUGUGCAGUACCAAACCAACCAGGAGUUUAUACUCGUAUCUCCGAAUUUCGUGAAUGGAUAAACCAAAUUCUUCAGUUCUAAGCUGAAGUUCUGAGUAACGGAUCACGUACUUUUGCAACUGAUAUUUGGUGAAAACCACGCGAAGGAACACGAUUCGAAUGUUAAUUUCGAAGAACGUACGAGUUGAAUAUAGUGAAGUCUCCACGUGUACAUAAUAUAUUUUAUGCGAAUCGCAUGCGACGACGGUUUUUCUUAAGGAAAACUUUGCUCAUAGCGAAUAUUAAAGAAAAAGAGAAAGUACGAGGAAGAGUAUGUACUUGUGCGAAAUACUUUCAACUAAAUUCCAUGGAACACGGUAUCAAGUAGAAUUAACGUUUUGUACUUUGUGAUAUAUUCAUGUGACAUAACGUUACGCCAUUACUAAUCACAUGUAGUGGACUUUGGAUCGAUCGUAUCAAUGGCUUAUCACGCGUACAUCCAUACAGGUGUUGCAUUGUUCCAAACGCAACACCGUGCACAAACGUUCCCAGAUAACUAGCACCAUCUUUCGCGCGUAUCACAACUCCAGUCCCUCAACAAGCACCGAGUCGAUAGAAUAGUGUUCUACGAUGCCAACGGUGUCCUCGUUACAAAUGUUAAAUGAUAAUGAUACGUGUUAGCGAUAAAGUUAAUUUAAUACCUGGAUUACGCCAAUAUUACCUGAACGAAGCGUACAUACCGACUGACGAUAAUGAACUCUUUGCAAUGUUUUCAUACGAUUGAGAACUUUUGCGAGAUUAGAUACAAUUAAAUGUCGUAACGUUUAAAU